GGUGCACCGAAGGCAGGUACCUGGUAAUUUGUAUCCUUGCACAGCCCGUGCUUCCAUGUCUUCAUUCCGACAAAUCUCGUGGCAAUCCUCCCAACAUUCUGACCCGAGUCAUUCAAUGACAUCCACGAUAUGAUAACAGGGCGCCAUGAAGAGCUGGAGGGAAUUGGGAGAGGUUCCGGAUUCGGACGACGAGAGCUUCGAUGACACGGAUUUUCACGACAACGACAACAACAACGACAAUGACGGAGACGACGGCGACAAUCUCGACCAGUCCAAUGACCAGUUGCCACGAAACGAUGUCGACGAGACGGGGGUGGAAGGGAAGAACCAAGAGUCGGCUAGAGAUGGUGACAUUUGGAGUGUCCCAAGUUCUUUACCGGAGCAAGCUUCGCCCUUCCUCGAUACGAUUUCGGGCCAGGCAUCACAGUUGUUGAGCCAACCGCCAUGGCCUGCCCAACCAACACCGGACAGACUAGAGAGGGGGCCCCCUUCUACGCCUACCAAGCACGCGCUCGACAAGCCCGCAUCGGCACGGGAAAACCAGCCUAACACCACGUCAAAUCCAAGUCCAGAGGACGAGAUAUUGACAGGCUAUGUUCAAGGUUCAGGCGCAUCCUCUCCUGCGAGCAUGCUUUCAAGGACUCCCACACCACCCCAGUCUCCUUCACUACCCCGUGCUCGCCUUUCCCCUCCUGUGGCCCAUCCUACGCAGCCACCUGCCCGCGGACCGCCGCCCAUUGAGGAACCGAAUACCGAGGAACUGCUAAAACAGACCGAUAUCCCGUUAGAGCGCUCAUUUCGUCCACGGAAACCGAUCCAGCAGCAUCCCUAUCUUCUCGAGAACGCGCAAUACUCUACUUUCAUGAAGUCACACGGCGUAAAGCCCAUUCGGGUCGCACACGGAUCUCGGCCGGCACGAAGCGGAGUCGAGGAGGAAGACUCCCAGGAACAAGAAUUUCAGGCUGAGGAAAGUCAGGAGGCAAGCGGGGAGCGCUUUGGUGGCCUAGAAGAAAGUGGUCCGAUUCUAUUUGACGAUGAGGAGGACGAGUUGGCCCUCACCCCUUCAGUCCCGAAAACAUCUCCUCAAGGCCAGCAGUUGCGAAACAGUAGCCAGCAGACCAUUGCCGACCAGACAGAUGCUACGAGCCUCUCCGAUGAAGAGUUCCCCCCCCUGGAUCGGCUUCGGCCGGUAUCUGCAAAGAAGCGGCAGCAGGUGCUAAAGCGGCAGCGCUCCCAGGUGUUGUCCUCCACGAAACGGAAAAGGGCCAGAUUUAUCCUUGAUUCAUCACCCCAGGGAUCACCACAACGCCCAAAGUUUAUCCCACCGCCACCCAUAAACGUAUGGGACUUGUCCUCUUCGCCCCCUGUACCGUACCCGCCGGAAGAGCCGUUACCGGAACUCGAAACCGCUCCGAAAUCACCCGCUAAACCUUGUCCGAACAAACCGGAUGCACUUGCUGGCGAACUGACGUUGGAUGCUGCUAUACCCGAAGACGAGGCCACAAAUUCUCCAAUCCCGGUCCACGAUGAUUCUCUGAGCGACCUCGGCGGUGGGGAUCAGGCGAGUUCUACGGACGACUCCGGUACUGAUUCGGAAGUAGUUCGCCACAACAGUCGCAGGAUCCGUGGAGUAUUACCAGCCUCGUGGCUCCGUCUAGACCAGCAAGGCAAACCUGUCGCGCGGAACUCGCGGAGAAGGACUCCCGAACCUUCGCCGGAUCGCACCGUAAGGCGAGGUGUGGCUCUGCCCCGCCAGGGCUCUCCGAAACCGUACAGCACGGCGCCAUUGAUGUUGUUUGACGAGUCCGAAGACUCCGAGAACGAGCCACCUCGACGGCCAACCGCCACAAACGAUCCCAUUCGGAUGACACCGACGACCAUCGUUAUCGAUGAAGACGACGGGGCUUCAGUGAUCGAAGAGGAUAGGAUCGACUGGAUGCUUCCCGGGAGGAAGAGAUCCGGGCCACAAAGUACGUCUGGGAGGGCAAAGAAACAGAAGCGGAGCGGAACGCAGUCUGGGUUCCAGGGCCGCCACAACCCCACCCCCCGGCAACCUAGGAUAACUCAGGUUCUACCCCGAUCCAAAGGGGGAACCGCACCAACCCCCGCAAAGAGAGACUCAACGAUUGAACAUCGGCAUCGGAAAGGGGGUGGCUCUAGGGUGAAUCGCAAGUCCGACAAGAAGGCGACCACGGCCCCACUCCUGAGCAUCUUGGACGUUGCGGAGCCUGAGGCCCCGAAGUUUGUCAAGAUCGCCGCGCGUGCUGCCAAAAGGAGGCCGAAUUUGGGCAAGACGAGUCCAUCGAGGAAGCUCAUUAGUCUGGCAACGCGUAGCGACAACGUGGACGCCCUUUCAGUCCUUCGGGACUGGAAAUCGGGCAAGACAAAGCCCAAAAUCCCCACGCCACCACGAAAGCAACUAGAUAAACCGAGGAGCAGGCCAGCGCUGCGCGAGAUAUCAACAAAUACCGCUCCACGCCCCCGGGGCGGUCAACCUCAUAAGUUAAUUCGACAAAGCAACCUCGACUCAUUUGUUAUCGCCGACGAAAGCUCGCAAGAUGCUCAGACCCCUCAACCGCCCCAAACUUCGGCUAUCCAACCAUGGAAACGAUUACCAGACCGCGCCCCCAGCUUGCACCCCGCACAGCUAGAGGAGGAGGAAUCUAGGGAUAAACGACGGCAACUCAAUGCGCGGAAGCGGAGUUUAGAUGCCUUCUAUAGGAGGCGCCGGAAGAUGCUAGACAUCUCGACAGAUGAUGGGUCAGAUCGCGUGCUAGAUGUGGACUUCACGCUCCGGGAGCCUGUGGCCGAAGAACAAGUCAACGGGGCCGAAGUUGGUAUGAGUGUUGAGGCACCUUCCGCCUCAAGAGGGGGAAAAGCCAGAGUUGACAGGUCAAGAUUCCGCAAGAAGCGUCGCCCCCAGCGCGUGGACUUGGAGGCUCCGCAAUACGCUCGCGCCAAUGAUCCUUUGCCGGUGGACCUCCCUGCCGUUGGAGUUCAUGAACAGCACACACGAGACAAAGUUUGGGCUGAAGACAAGCUCAGAGGCCUUGGUCCUUAUGGAACGCACUACACCCAUCAUUUUGAGGUUUUCCCGCUUGAUAGAGGCGUUUACUUCCACGAGAGCACCGUCAUUGGAAAGGGGCUAGUGCGAGAUGCGGUAGAUGUUGGUUUGUCUGACCGAAUCCGCCACCAAAGAUCCGCCGUGUCCUUUUCCCUUGAUGGGAGAGUUCUAAGAUGGAGCAGUUGGGACGACAAUACAUCUUCAGAGCUCGGCAUACUCAUUGAUUGGAUUGCCGAGCAACUAAUUCAGAACACAGCGCCAAGCGAGGGUUCAGGCCAAAGGGCACUGGAAGCGGCCGAUUUUGUGCUUGGAUACGUGCUUCGCUCCCUUAGUGUUCAGAGCGAUUCCGCAGGGAAAGCCUUUGUGUCGAGGUGGCUUGAGAUCCUCUCCGGUUUCACCGACCGCUUUGAGUCAAUUGAUACAAGCUCGGUCUCGGAGAGCACCAAGAGGGCGCAGCUCGAGGUUAACAUCCGCUUCUCUCUCGCGACGUUGGCGGUGCGUUCGAUGAGCCAAGGAACCAACGGGGACCCUUGUCAAUCCAUGAAGCUUGAUGAUUUGCUUAAGAAAGCGGCUUCAGUCACCAUUCGACGCCUCCUAGCAUACGGCACCGAGGAACUGCGAACUCUCUACGGGGAUUUACAACGUUCGGCUUUCAGGGAGCGAGGGAUACGCCCAGAUCUGUGCGUCACAAACUGCUGGGUGGUCAUGAUGAGACUCUUGGAAAGCGCCGCUAUUCCGAGAAGCUCUUUCUGGGAUGUCACCCAGUCAGUCAUGCUCAACCAUGGGCUCGGCUUAGGCGCGGAUGCACAAGGGUUUGAGCGACUUUGGCAAGAUGUGUUUACAUUACUGCCGCUCUCCGAGAUUGACAACUCCGGGCUUCUCAUUUCGGGGGCGAGACACGCUACGCCGGUAGAAGGAUGGGCACUGCCGCAGCAGUUGCUGAAGCGAGUCUUCCAGCUGUACCAAACGAAUCCUCGUCAACCGCCUGGUUUCAACGACUACUGCCGAGCCCUUGUGGCGCGCUGCCAUUUUCUCGUUCAGCAGUGGGGUUGGCGCCGAUGUACCGGCGUCAUCGGGACCAUCUUCGACUUUUUCGGCUCACAGAGCCUUGCUCAUCUCAGGAAUGAGGAAGUGUAUAAGUCCCCGCAGUUCCUCGAGGAACUUGACCGCAGGCCGUCUCUCGCCAUCGAGCCAGACGACCGGUGCUUCCACAUCUUCAUCAAGCUCCUAGCUUUGGCAAUCCAGCGUCUAAAGGAGCUCGGCCGCCCCAACGACAUCAAGAAUCUCGUUACCAGGACACUUCCCAACCAUAGCCGGCAAUAUCUCAAGGAAGACACGAUCCGCCAGCAUGAUUUGGCAGCCCUACGAAAUCACCACGAUCUAUUGUGCACUCUGUUCUGGGUCUCACCGCCCGAGCUGCGGCGAGAAGUUCACGACAUAGAGGUCCUGGUUGUCCCGGGCACGGCUCACAAGGAAGCAUGUCUGAUCAACGUUAGAGCCUGGAAUCAGCUUGCACGCUUCGUGAUUGCCAAAAAUGAGGGUAGCGAUGUGUUUAGGCCACUCGCUGUCUGGCGGAACAAUGUUUUCAACCAGGUCCUGGACCAGUAUCUCUCCGCCGCCUCGGAUAUUGAGCAACAGUUUCGGGACCUGUCAACCGAGAUGCCCAACAUCAGCAAAGAUAUGCGGGACGAGAUGAUAGCCAAGAACAAGGCGACGGCCCUGGAUGUGCUCCACUUCUCGGUUAAGGCGUCGUUGGAUGUCUUGCAGCGCGCCCCGACUCUGGAGGCGGUUUUGUAUGGGCUUAGCAUAGGCCAACUGCAAAAGGUGUUCACCAGUCUCGACUAUCAGUCGCCAGGGUUCGACUGGGGCAUACUCCGUGUUGCCCUCGACACGCUCGAGCAUCUAAUGGGCCGGAUAGACCAGGCGUCGGAAGAGCAGUACUCGAGCGAGUUCGACGACAACGUCGAUGCCCCUUUUCUGGAGGACGCCGUACUGCUGGUGAAUGAACAAUUAACCAAGGACUUUUUCUGGAUGAGCCGAACCAUUCUCGCACUCCCUUUGGAGAAAUCUCCGCGACGACAUACUCAACAAGCUGCCUGCUCGGAGAAAGCGGUCACCUUGGCUGCAAGAAUUGCGGCUAGGUUUGUCAAGAACAGAGUCACGCGAUUGCUACCUUACUUUUCUACCGGAAAGUACAGUUUAUUCCCCGACAUACCGAAGAAUUUGACAACGCCGGAAAGAAGAUUCCUCCCACUCUUUCUUGCAGUUCUUGUCAAGAACCACGUUUUCGAUUUUAAAGACAUCGGAAUCAACGUCUUGGGCCUGUGGAUGCUCUCGGUCGUGAAGCCGCUGAGGUAUCUAGGAUACGAGAACUACCUAGCAGAAGUCCUCAAGCACCACGAUCUGCCGUUUUUGGAGCGAGCCACAAUUACAGUGGGAAUCCCUCCGGACUACAACUCGAACAUCGACUUCUUGGCUUGCGCCAUCCAGCACAUGCGGAAGACACUCAGAGAGUGUGGCUCGGUGCAAGCUAAGCAGCAUCGCGAGGAAUUCAAGAAGACGCUCCAGCUGGCAAUGCAAAAGAUGAAGGAUGACUUGGCACUGCUCCGGUCUUAUCCCAACGAACAUGGGGUAUACAUUGACUUCGUGAGGCAGGUCAUCUCGCUGAUCAAGUCUCACGGAGUCAACAUCUGCGCGGUUGACCCCUUCUUCAUGCAGCCGAGCGUUGAUUACUCGCCAUCGAUCCAGGAUCCACAACUUCACACCGCGGGUAUAGUCGCGUACGGAGUCAAACUGAGCGAAGGGGAUGCUACUGCGGCCCAACCGCUCUUCCACUACCUAUUCAACAACUUCAAAGUUUCGCUAGGCAACGACAAGCUUGAGCAGGAGUGCAAAAUACUGAGCAGGGCAAUGAGGAACGCCCAUGUCACGUCGUUCAUGUUGCAGUGCAUGAUACCGGCCAUUAUACAGGCGUCUGCGCAGGCUCCGGAUUGCUGGGCGCUGCUGGAGGUGUACACGACCGCGCUUGGAGAGAUCCUCGAUUCGGGCUGCGUUCCAAGGGAGUUGCCAAACCACGAUGUGAAGUAUGCAGCAGGAAUCUUGACGAGUAUCCUGUCCUGGGUCGACACUCUCAGGAAUACCGCGGCGCUCUCGCUCCAGCAAUUGCACAUCAUGUCGCUUCUGGCCACGAUAGCCGACAUCCUACAACCAAGUCUCUCGGCCCACCUAUUCAACGAAUUCGACUCCGACUCGGCAAUGCCCGACCUACAAGACAUCGUGGACAGGGUUGCAACGCUAUUUACGGAAUUGCGGUCUCACAUCGGGGACACCCUCUCCCUCUCAAACGGAGGGGACAGCUCCCCGACCAAUCUCGCCCUGUCGGGUGUCUUGGCCGCCCUACCGCCAACGAAUGUACCCGCGCCGGGUAACGGAAACGACCCACGCGUACAGACAUUUGCCAACAUCAUCGCCGCGGACGUGCGGAAGAACUGGGUGGUGACAGCGGACCGUGUGAUGGUGAGGAUGGCGUCCUCAGGGAAAGGAUCCCAGGGCGGGUUUCCGAUUAUGAGUCAGGCGGUGGUGACGAGCAGCAGUGCGGCCUCGCUUCGCGGGACGAGCUACUGCCCUUGGGAAAGGAGGGCUGUUUUCGAGAGGUUGGGUGCUGUUGUAGGGAGGUGGGAGUUGGGUGGGGGAGAGGAGAGGGAAAGAAAAGGAGUACGUUGGAAAGGGGGCAGACGAGAGGUGGGGGAGGAGAUGCUGUUUUAGGGUUUUUGGUUAUGAGGGACGGGUAUAUAGUUACGAGUAAUGACAAGACUUUUCUGAU